AUGGCUGAAUCCGUCGAGGACAAUGCCGCCGCUACCACAACGCCCGAAUCCCUCCUACCCUGCGACGCGUGCCGGAAACGCAAGGUGAAAUGCUCCAAGACCGAGCCUUGCGAGAGAUGCGUCUCGGCCGGCUUGAGAUGCACAAGAGAUAUUGCGCGUAAGAAGAGAGGCCCAAAGAAAGGCUCAGGGUCCGUCAUCGCAAAGCUGAGAGACGAGAGCCAGCAGCACGCGCAGCAAGAUGGAACACUACCCCCAUUCGACUUCUCCCAGAUGCAGAUGCAAAUACCAGCGCUGAAUAGGACAUGGAGCCACGACAGUCCGCUAGGAUCACAAUUGAAUUCGCCAUUGUCGUCGCCAUCCAAUUCACACUUUGGCGAUGUCUUUGCUGCGACGCCAGAUCCUCACAAUGCGCCUCGAUCCGUUCCUACGACGUUACAGAAUGGCACUGCGUUUGAACCAGCCUCGCAUACAGCAUUCACCCAAGUAGGAAUACAGUUUCCAGCAUCGUGGCAGGUGCAGCCUUCCGAGCUUCUACAAUUCCAGGCGCCCAUGUCUCCCUCAGGUUACAUGACCGUCAGCGACCUGGCCCAACAGAUUUUCCCAGAGACCUUCAUUCCGGAGGAAGCUGUCCAGCAGCAUACUCAUUCGAGCCAGAGCCAGCACUCACCCUCUCGAACAUCCACUCCCCUCACAAAGCUGACGUCCUUCGAGGCCAUGAUGACAAAUGCUAACGGCGCAAGCUCCCCGGCCACCACAGCAUCCUCGCCUAUGCCGUCGCUGGGUCCAAGGUUUCUCUAUCGGAGCGACUCUCAUUCCUCGCCCAUUGAACCACAGAUCCAACAGCUAGCCAACGAAUUCGGCCUCUCCGCCCUUCUAAUGUCUCAAUGCAUCCGCCAAUACUUUAGACACCUCUACUCUAUACGGCCCAUCAUCCACGAGAAGAGCCUGUUGGCACGUCUGCGAUCCAUAGAGACCCUCAACCUCGAGGAAAAAGUCCUCAUACUCUCCCUCUGUGCCACCACAGUCCUCCAUGCCGCUCCGCAAUCCGAACUACCCCUGGAGAAGAAGCACUCCCUCGGUCUCCAGUUCGUCCAGCUUUGUCUCCAUCUACGGCAAUCCACCGGUCCCGACUGGGCCGAGAACACGACGCUGCUCUCCAUCCAGGCGUCAUAUCAUAUCGCUGUGGCCCUCUUCGAACUUCAGCGACCCAAAGCUCAUGCGUUCUACCUCCGCGAAGCCAUUGGCAUGGCCUUGGACCAAGGCCUCCACCAUGAAUCCACAUAUGCAUCCCUCCCCGACGUCACAGCGAUAUGCUCGCGGCGCACCAUUGCAUUACUAUUCAUUACCGAGCGCGGUCUCGCCAUUCUCCGCAACAAACCAACACAAAUCACCCGCCUCCCAAGUCUGCCAACCGAGUACUUUGACGAAACCGACGCCGUUGUCCUCGCGGGCUUCACGGCUCUGGUGAACCUCUUCUCGAUACUCGACGAGAAGUUUGUCCGCCUAUGGUCCGGUAGCGGUGACACCGAGGCGGAACGCGAGCCUCUGGAAAACAUUGCAGGUCUCCAGCGCGCACUCAACGAGAUGUCGUUUAGCUCAUUCUCCAUGACGGACGUCCAAAAGGCAGAUGUGCUCAUUACGCACCAAUGGCUGCGGCUCAUCUUCUGGCAAGCCAGCAUGCGCCAAGGUCUGAUAAGCUUUGCGUCGCGCGACCCGAUUUUCAGCUCACGCUACCCCAUCACCAUCGCGCAAGACCUGUGCGCAUGCCUGGGCCUCGAUGAGGCGGACACGGACGGGGCGUACGACGCUAUCCUCGUGCACGGCAUGGGUAUCUUUGAGAAACUUUUCGAAGUCGCCUACACUCUCAUGGACAUGUUGACGCUGGCGAAUCGCCAGUGGAGCGAGAGCCGUGAGUUGAGGUGCUUGUUCAACGUGUUGAGCGCGAGCACAAACAGCCAAAGUACGUACGUGAAGAUGUUGAGGACGAAGAUUGAGAAUGAACGAAGUCCUGCCCAGAGUCCGACUUUGAGCUGA